AUGCCCACGUCAGACGAGGCCCCACUAAUCCUAGCCCUCUUUCCCUCCAGUCUUUUGUGUAUUUCUCCAAACUCCCCAGUCCCCAAAGGCUUUCAUUUCCCCUAUAUAUAUGUGUGUGGUGAACUCGUAUCAAAAUCAGGCUUGAAGCGGCAACCAGCUCAAGUCCAAAUCCAAUCAUUUGGGUCGCCGUCGCUAAAAAUCAGAGCAUUCCUUUCGCCGCCGGCGAAAAAACAAUCGCCUCCUCCGUCGUCAUCCUCGUCUUCUUCUUCGUCCACCUCGUCAUCGUCGUCUAAUACUUUCGCGGCCACGAUCGACUCUCCGAGGUGCUACCGCCGGCAAAUUCCGAGGGCGCCGGUGGCUAAACCAGGGUGGAAGUUCGCUCCACGUCACCACGCCGGCCGCACGUAUCUCAUCCGCUACGGGAAUCAUUGGAAAUAA